AUGAUUGGGCUGCCGGCGACGUUGCUUGCCCUCGUGGCGUCGACACUGGUUUCUCCGGCACGAGGCCAGAUUUCCAGUAGCUGGCCGCAAGCAUAUCCGGGCAUGCCAGAGGAUAACUACAGCGCUGCUUGGCAGAGCUAUUUCGAGGUCAAAGAGUCGCUGCCAAACGUGACGUGGAACCUCGGACGGAGCUUUGCAGGCAACAUUGGUGUCCAGCGGGCUGGCCACCCUAAUGACACAUUGUUCUUCUGGGGUUUUGAAAAAGAGAGCGGAUCUCUGACAGCUACUGCUGGCGACCGAAGCGACGAACCCUGGGGUAUAUGGCUAAACGGCGGUCCUGGAGCAGCCAGUACUCUUGGGCUGCUUUACGAAAAUGGUCCUAUCCACCUCUCUCCUAAUUAUUCGGUAUAUGAAAACGUGUAUGGCUGGAACAGGCUUGCGGAUUACUUCUGGAUCGACCAGCCUGUAGGGACAGGGUGGUCAACCGCUGAUGAUACUGGAUUUGUUUACGACGAAGACCAAGUGGGAACAGAUUUCAUGGGCUUCUUGGAGAAUCUUGUCCAAGUCUUCCCCAGUCUCAAGACACGACCCUUAUACCUUACCGGCGAGAGCUACGCUGGUAUGUACAUAGUGAGUCUUCCGUCUCCUACGGUGAAGCUAUCGUUCCGAUGGUCGAAUCGAAAGCCCUACAUCACGAAAGCAUACUUUGGCCUCUCCGACCCUCCCGUGAACCUGGUGAAGAUUGCCAUUGGUGACGGGACAGUUGGAUCGGCUGUGGUUUAUGAAUACUUGCCGACGACAACCACGAUACAGACGUAUCCUCAGCUGAUCGGAUACGAUCCCGAAGUCUUUGAGUGGUUCAGGGAGCAGGAGCACCUAUGUGGGUACGACCUGAACUUCACGUAUCCCCAAGACGGCCACUUUUCCGACCUGCAAUUGAUCUAUCCGACCGAUCCUGGACGAGCCGCCGAAGUGUACUUGAACAUGAAGAGUCGCAAAUCCAUCACGUCGAAGAGAGAGCUCAUGAUAGAAGGUCGGAGGCGCUAUGGGAAGUCCAGCAUACUGGCCAGGGAUCGAGCGAACAAUGUACGAAGAGAGAUCGCCAAGCGUGACUUGAUCGGCAGAGCAAACGGCACUAUUGAUCCGUGGUAUGGGUGCUUCUUGUAUGAUGCGAUGAUCGAGUAUGCCCUCAACUUCACUUACCCCUGGAAUUACUAUGGUGGCUUCGAAGACGGGAGCAUUGUCGGUUUCGAUGUAUAUGACGUACCAGACGCUUUGAACCCUGAGAUUCCUCUGGACGGAAGCUAUUUUUACAAUGAUCCCCAGACAGUAGCAGCUUUGCACGCUCCCACUAGCAAGCAAUGGGUCGGCGAGAUGGAGUACCCAUUCCUAGGCGGCGAGGAUUAUGAGGAUCCUAGUGUCGAACCGAUGGCAUUCUUGACUGAGUUGGCAACGAACGCAUCAGAGCGCGGAGUCUCCGUCGUCCUUUACUCUGGAAACGAUGACUCGCUCAUCGCGCACCGGAGUACUCAAGUGGUCAUCCAGAAUACGACUUUCGGCGGUAUCCAGGGCUUCACAGUACCACCAGGUACCCCUUGGUAUGGAGAUGAUGGGAGCUUCGCAGGCAUCGUCCACCAAGAACGAAAUUGGACCUAUUUGCUUUUCAAAGGAGCAGGGCAUCUAGUUUCCGAAGACCAGCCAGCGAACGCAUACGUGUUCCUCCGUGAAUUCAUCCUGGGCGACAACCAAACCGGCUUUGUCGAAACGACCAGGGGACAUAGCGAAGUAGUUGGAGGACAAGUCUCCUUGCUUGCCGCCGCCGUCCUGCCCGGCCAACCCGGGAUCUACAUCGGCUCAGGUGCGACACAGUCGACAUAUACGUUCCCGACGGCUACCAUUGCAGCAUGGGAGGACUACAUCGUGACCGCGACCGCAACUGGUGAUGUUGCGAAGGCAAGAUCGGCAUCCGGGGCGAGGCCAACUGCUAGGAUGAAAUUUCCAUGA